AUGAAGUUGACGACAGAAUUACAACUUAUCCUAGCUCUGGCAGCCGAUGCUGUUUUUGGCUGGACCCACGCCAGCGAGGCGAGCUUGAGAAAAGCUCUGCGAUCCAAUGAUUACACCUUGGUAGCUUUUGUUGACCUGACUGAUGUCGCCCCCGCCGACAGAGAUGCGAGCAAAUCGCUAGAACCGCAAUGGAUCAAAAUACAAACAACAGAACGUGAUAACAACGUGGUCAGCUUUGAUUGCGGCGCAAAGAGGAAGAUUUGCGACGAGCUGGACGUUGUUUCGUAUCCAGCUAUUCGGUUAUACCACCAAGAUGGCAGGAUGGACAGGUUUCGAGGGCCGAGGACGGCGUCAGAGAUCGUCCCAUUCCUCCGCCGAGCCCUCCGCCCGACAGUCUCGACGCUCACCGACAAAAACAUGACUUCUUUCGUAGGAGUCGACGAUGUUGUCUUCGUCGCAUACCUUGAAAAAGGCGACGAGUCCCUCGAACGCCGCUUCCUCGCUCAGGCCUCUGGGCUCCGAGACCGAUACUCGUUCGCAAUCGGCCCGUCGCCCGAACCGGGACUGCAGUCUACCGUGGCCUGUUACAACAACCGCGAGGGGGAGCAGCGUGUACAUGCUGACUUUGAUGAUGUUUCUUCGCUGCAGAGCUUCAUCGAGGUUUGCGCCACACCGAGCAUUCACGAGAUGAACAGGCGGAACGAGCUACAGCUCAUGCAGUCGGGCAAGAGUCUUGUCAACUACGUCUUCGCCACAGACGAAGACCGCGCAAACUACAUCGAGGUCAUGAGACCACUGGCCAAGAAGUACACCGACUACCUAAUCUUUACCACAAUAAACGCCGAGGAGUACCCAGACUUUGGGCCCGGCCUCGGCCUCGGCCAGGGCACGGGUGUCUCGGUCAUGAACCCCGCAAACGGGGACGUCUUCCCGUACCUUCGACCGGAGCGCAUCUCUGCGCUCUCCAUCGAGGAGUUCCUCAUCGACAUCAUCAACGGCAAGGUCAAGCCGUGGGGCGCAGAGGACCAGAAACAGCAGGUCGUCAAUGGCGGGUUUCAGGGAAGGGCGGCUGGGUCGGGCAAAGCUGCGUCCUCGACGGCGCAUGGGACAAGGAUGCACGAAGAGCUGUGA